GGGAAUCAGAGGCAGAAGUCACUGCAUUCUCCAGCAAGCCACAGCUGUCUGCACAUCAGGAGUGGGGUCAGCAGGACGAGUCUGCAGCCCUGGAGACACCUGCAUCCACCUGGUUGCCCAGCCAGCCUAUUCUGGGGAAACUCAAAAGAAACAUGUUGCCCCAGACUUCAGAGAAGAAAAGACAAGUUCAUUUAGCCAAGAUGAAGCGGAGACAUCGUGAAAGGUGUGAACUUCCUAUAAGACUCACCAGCUGCAUUUUCAAGCGGCCCGUCACGAAAAUAACACCCCAUCCUGGCAAUCGGGUCAGGCGCCGUCGAUGGGAGGAGACCUUGCAGAAGCCCCAGCAAGUCUGUGCUUACAGGAGACUGCAGGGUCUCCAGGCCUGCAGCACUGAAGGAGAACUUUUAAGUACUUUCGAUAUUACAAAUACUUUAAAAAUAAUUGCCCCUCAUAGCCCAGGUGAAUCCCCGGGCCAUGUUGGUGCUGGGUCUCUCCACACCAGCGCCGAGCCCACCACUGCACAGUCUUCAGACUGGGCGGAGAUGAUCCCAGGAGCAGGUCUCCGUCUCCCACAGUCAGUUUGCAGACAGUCGGUGUCUUAUGGAGAUAUCCGCAGACAGCAUCAGAAAGUGAAAAAAGCCAGGGAGAGACUUGCUGAGGCCCUGAGGGCAGACAGGCUUGCCAGGGAGGCAGAGAGGGAGGAGCCAGGAAGGAUGUUCUGA